AAACUUAUCUCACAGCAACUCCAGGAGCCUCAUCAAUUCAGAGCCAAAGUCCAGGCUCCCACCAAGAAACCAAAUACUACAAUAACCAUGAGCCAGUCUUAUUCAUCCAGCCAGAGGGUUUCCUCCUACCGUCGCACUUUUGGUGGAGCAUCCCCAACAUAUACAAGGUCCAGUUUUGGAACUAAGGGAGGUUCCUCAAGUUCCUUAUCUUCCAGGGUAUACCAGGUCUCCAGAGGUUCAGCUGUUCCAAGUCUAUCUAGCUUCAGAGCAACCAAACUUACCCCAGUUAGAAGCAGUUAUUCUGGAGGGGAUGCGCUGGACUUUAGCCUUGCUGAUGCUUUGAACCAGGAAUUCCUGCAAACAAGAACCAAUGAGAAAGUUGAAUUGCAGGAUCUGAAUGACCGGUUUGCCAGUUACAUUGAGAAAGUCCGAUACCUGGAGCAGCAGAAUCAGGUUUUGGUGGCUGAAGUGAACAGAAUCAAGGGCAAGGAACCAACAAGAGUCAGUGAACUGUAUGAAGAGGAGAUGAGAGAGCUGCGUCGUCAAGUAGACAUUAUCACCAAUCAGAGGUCCAGAGUGGAAGUGGAGAGGGAUAAUCUAGGAGACGAUCUGCAGAAACUUAAACAGAGAUUACAGGAAGAGAUCCAGUUGAAGGAAGAUGCAGAGAAUAAUUUGGCUGCUUUCAGAGGUGAUGUUGAUGCUGCAACACUUGCUCGUAUUGACCUGGAAAGGCGCAUAGAGUCUCUGCAGGAGGAGAUUGCUUUCCUUAAGAAGAUUCAUGAAGAGGAAAUUCGCGAUCUGCAGGCACAGUUACAAGAGCAACAAGUGCAGGUAGAAAUUGAUGUCUCCAAACCAGAUUUAACAGCAGCACUGAGAGAUAUUCGCGCCCAAUACGAGAACAUAGCCGCCAAGAAUGUCUCAGAGGCAGAAGAGUGGUACAAGUCCAAGGUAUCUGACCUCAAUCAGACUGCACAAAAGAACAAUGAUGCUCUGCGCCAGUCCAAGCAAGAAUUAAUGGAAUAUCGUCACCAAAUCCAGUCCUACACUUGUGAGAUUGAUGCACUCAAAGGAACCAAUGAAUCACUUUUGCGCCAGAUGAGGGAUAUGGAAGAAAGGUUUACAGGUGAAGCUGCAGGUUACCAAGACUCUAUCACCCGGCUGGAAGAAGAGAUCCGUAAUUUGAAGGAUGAGAUGGCAAGACACCUCCGCGAGUAUCAGGAUCUCCUGAACGUCAAGAUGGCAUUGGAUGUGGAGAUUGCUACAUACCGCAAACUGCUGGAGGGUGAAGAGAGCAGGAUUGUUCUUCCAAUCCAGACCUAUUCUGCACUUAGUUUUAGAGAGACCAGUCCAGAACAGAGAUCAUCUGAGGUCCAUACCAAGAAAACAGUCAUGAUUAAAACCAUCGAGACCCGAGAUGGAGAGGUUGUAAGUGAGGCUUCCCAGCAGCAUCACGAGGUUCUGUGAGUUGGAGUGAGAGGAUCAUGAAGAUGUACACGACAGGAAUGUAAAACUACUACACUACACAGCCUGAGUAUAACCCUGCUGGACAAAGGCCAUCUCAUGCUGUACCUUCACUAUACACUUCCUGCACCUACCACUCCCCUGAGCGUCCGCUCUUAUAAAGGACUCCUGAAGAAAAGGAUACAUGUGAACUCCUCACUCUUUAGAGCUCCUCUAAUAUAAAACAAACCCUUGGUGAUAUCUCACCAAUGAAAGUGCAAAAGAACAACCAAUAAAGUCACAGACACCUUCACAACCAUUUGCAUUGACCAUUAAUUUUACAGUUGACAAUCUACAGUACAGUAACAAAAGAGAUAGACUAGAAGCAGUUGUAAUAUAUCAAGCCCAGGUAUUUCUAAAACUAAUCAUGCUCGUUUUUUUUUUUUUAAAAUACAAUCAGGACACUUUUAUUCAACAGCCAGUACUCCCCACAUACUGUAUCCCGCAAUCCUAAAAGUAAUACUUCCCUGAUAAAGAAUCCAUAAACCAUUAUAUAUUAAACCUGCAAAUUCAGCAGCAUUUCCCCAUACAUGUAAAUGUCACUUCUUAUCUUAUCAUCCUUUUAAUGCACACACACCCACACCUGCCAUCUUAUAAAGCAUUACUAAGGUUUACUAUAAUCUGAGCUUUUCAAAACCUCCUACCACAAAUAAUGUGCUACAUGACAACACACAGCCAUUUCUAAUAUAUAAUUACUUAAAGUUAGGUCACCUUAUCAUGACAGACAACUAAUUAUUUUACUAGUUAAUAUCAUGGUAAAACGAUCUCAGAAGAUUGCCACCAAAUGUGGUAGCCAGAAUUAGCUACAUUUAGAGGUCCACUGGCAUACCAAUAAAAUACAGUGGUGUAGGCUGUGAUACCUUUCAGUGGACGAUUAAUUAUGUUCAGGAGUUAUCAUGAAUAAGCUAUGAGAGAAAUUCCUGCAGCCUUGAAGGAUUCUGAAUUCUAUAGUUUGAAAAUGAAGUAUGCAUUUGCUAAAGGUAGUAUGAGAUGGACUGUAGCAUAAGAACUGCUACUUACUUUUAUUGCCCUCCUUUAUUGAAGGCCUUGUAUUGUACUAUAAGAUAACAGGUGCUCCAUGUAAGGACCAUUUAUGCUCUGAGCUCAGGGAAUUGGCGGUCAAACCAUACUUUUGGGGUUUACAGCCAAAAUUAUAUACAGAGGAAAAUCCUGUUACUAUAAAAAUCUUUUAUGCCAAGCUGCAUACUAUGUGAUAGAAAUGAUAACAAUUCAGUAUUAACAAACAGGCUUCAUAAACUGUAUGUGUUAUGGGAGUAGGUAAGGUCUGUAUGGAAUGUAAGUGUGAAUAGCAUAUUGAUUACUACAAUUUGCAAAUGUAUUUAUCAUAUUUUAGCUAUAUCAACAGCUAUUAAAGGCAGCAUUAAACUUUGUUCAUUGGAUUAAUCAGGGCACUAGCUUUGCUUUCUGAAUAACAAUAAGAACAGGUGAGGCAGUCUGCUGAAUUAGUUAUGGGUAAAGCAUGUGAAUAAAUACACUGAAAGGAAAGAAUAGGAGGAAGAACAUUAGGGUCACCAUUCAGCUUAUUGAAUAUGUAUUGGAUUGGAUGUUGAAUGUGAUCUAAAAUAAUAAUAUAGGAUAGGAUAUAUAUAUAACAUUUUUUCCAGAAUCCUUUGGAAGGAAAGCGGAUCCAACUUUUUAUAGCGGUUGUCAUUCAUGGCAACAAAACACACACACAUGCACACACUCACACACGUGCGCACACACACACACUCGCACACACUCCCACACACUCACACGCACACACUCACACACUCACAUGCACACACUCACACACACACUCCCACACUCCCACACACAAGCACACACUUCCACACGCACACACACGCACACACACAUGCACACACUCACACACAUGCACACGCACACUCACACACACACACACUCACACACACGCACACACUCACACACACACACGCAUACACUCACACACACAUGCACACACUCACACACACAUUUCAGUGUAAUUAUUACAAGCAACAAACUGGACUUUAUUUUUUUUUCCACACACAAAUCUAUUCAUUGCUCAUGGGGAUUUUUUUUUUUUUUAAAUAAAACUAAGUUGUUUGUGUAGAUUGUGUAGUAUAUUCCACAGAACAGUAAAUAUAAUGGAGGUUAAUAAAUGUGCUAAGAAGAAA